UUGCUUUUUCCAGUUCUUUUUCGGCAAUUUCUUCGGCUUCUAGUUCUACCAUCACAAUAUUUUCUUUGCCUGAAAUGAAAAAAUUGUAUAACCAAAUGGAUCAACUUUUUGAGCGUUAUCCAAACUUCAGACCUGGUGAAAAAACAGAUAAAUUGCUUGAAGAAAUUUUAGGAGAAUUCGCAAAUAGAUUAGAAACUACCAACGAGGAAGAAAAAAAGCAAAUGAAAAGCGAGUUUGACCAAUUAAAAAACACUAUUCACGAAGAAAAGAAAAAAAGAGGUCAAAUUAUUUCCCAAGAUACUUCUGGCGACAGUUCCAAUAUUACUAAAAAAGACCAAGGAACGCAAAAGUUAAGCCAACGAAUAAGCGAAUUGGAAAGCAAAAUCAAGCAAUUAGAGCAAGAAAAGCAGCAAAGUUCUCAGCAGAAUAAUAUUGAAUUGGAGAAUAAAAUCAAAGAUUUACAAAGCCAAAUAAAAAUAUUACAAAACGAGUUAGAAAAAACUAAAAAAGGUUCUGAUAGUAAAAUUAGUAAAGGUUUAUUUGUUGGAAAAACUUCUUCUACUUCUGAAAAUACUAGAAAUGAUAAGCAAAAAAAUGAAUUUCCUUGA